AUGACCGAUCCAGAGAAGCUGUUCUGGCCCAUCAGGCCCAUGAUUCCUGAAUUAAAGUCUCUGGCAAACAUGGCCAAGCAUCAGCUGGAAAUGGAUAUGAAGAUUAUGCUUGAUCCAGAGAACAUAAAUGUUUUGAAACAGCAGAACUGUGAGACCAGGCUGCCACUUAUAACUAAGAAAAAACCUGCUCCUGUGUGUAGUCUGAAGAUAGUGAAAAGUCAUGCAGCUGGCAACCUUUGGGGUUUGCCUGUCUCUCAUCACAUGGAUUCUCCCUUGCCCCUGUUGGAGGAAGAUGUAACAAAAGGGGUGAGUCCCAGAAGCCCACCCCAGUACAGUACAGGUAUUCUGAGCCUAACUGAACAAAGGCUUGUCCUUCCAGCAUCAAAGAUAACUCUCCAGACACCUCCUGUUGCAUCCAAAGCAGCUCCUUUCCAUGAAUUCCACAGGCAGCACAGGAGGUCAGCUGUAGGAGAGAUUAGUAGUAGGGUGGACCCUGAGAAUACAGACACCAUCUCCUUCCCGAACUCAAAGGAAACAAUUCAUGGCACAUAUUCCUCUAGUAAAGGUAACACUGCACCACUUCCAUCCAGCAUUUCCAUGAUUCCAGCAAGGAAAUCAAAGCAGUUGUAGAUAAAUCCAGCUCAACAGUUGGAAUCUGAGCUGCAGAUUCCCUCUCAGACCCAGGAUCCAUGCUUUGAUUGUGACAUUGCUGUUUGCCAUGGCACGAUAGACCAGAAAGCUCCAGGCUUCCUGGCAUUCAAGCAACAUUAUUGUUUAUCUUGGGGAAGCAUUGUUGGUUUUUUGGAACGUACAGAAAAGCUUCUCAAGGAUUAUGCUGUACCAUUGGCUACAAUCAACUGUAAAAAGUUGGCGGAAGUUGCAUCAGGCUUUGAGCUUAAUGAGAAUCCCACCAAAAACGACAUUCUGUCAGUGAUAAAGAAUCAAUCAGCUGUGGAAAAGAUCUUAAAUCGACCUGGCCAAAGAUACAAAGGCCAAGGGGGUACUGAAAUGGCUGCCACCAAGAUCCAAGCGACAUGGAGAUGUUACCAGGCCAGAAAAGCCCCCAUCCCUCCCGGGCAGCAGAGCUGGGCAUCAGGUGUGAUUGCUCGUUCUUGGCUCCGGUGGAACCACAUGGCACGUGUGAAAAAGACCCUGAAGGAAUCACGUCAGAGACACCUGGAGAAUUUCUACAUCAGGGCCAAGCAUCUGGCAGCCAACUGGAAUCGCAUCAGGACCUCCAGGAGGACUAUUAUCCAUAUCCCAUCAUUAGGAUAUUCCCAGUGCAUCCGUGAACACAUUCCUGAUCUUGCUCUCCAGCAGAAUCUGCAGAUGGGGAGGCUGUGUGACAUUCGGGAUGCCAACGUGGACGUCAUCUACAUCUGCCCCCUUCAUCUGAGUGAGGAGUUACUGCAGUAUUACAAUAAACUCCUGGGUCUGCAGGCAGCUGUUAGAUCUGGGAACCCUGAGGACAUGGGUGACCUGCAGGACAGGUUCAAAAUUCUCACCCCUGAAGCUAUAAACAGCUUUCCUGAGCAGCACAUGUGCCUUGCCACUCAGCUGAAGUACAGUCCCAAGACAAUCAAAAGAAUAAAAAUUCUUAUCCAGAGCAGAGAUGCCUACAUUAUUGGAGGGGUUCCCCACCAAGAUGAUUUAGCAGUGGCUGACAUGCUCAGUGUGCCUGUCUUGGGCUCGCUGCCGGAGGUGGCUCAUCUCUACAGCACAAAGUCUGGAAGUAAACAAAUUUUUGCCAGUGCUUGUGUGCCAACCCCUCCUGGAGCAUCUGACAUCUCCACCAAUGAGCAGAUGAUCAGUGUUCUCAGCCAGCUUGUCCUUGACAACAUGGAAGUGCAGCGUUUUUUCAAAAUGAACAAUGAAUCUGGAGGCAAUGGCACUGCCUGUUGUGACAUUAUUUCACAUCUGAAGUGCUACCACUGGGUUCAGAAGGAAUGUCAGAGAUACAGCCCUGAGAUGUGGACUCAGAAAUGGGCACGUGAGCCAGCUUUGGUGAAGAUCUCCCAGGAGCUGCCAGGCCUUUUAGCACAGCACGUACAGCCAGUCAAUGAGAAACGAUUCCCUACAUGGGAAAAAUUCCUCCAAACAUUUCUUAGUCAAGGUGGUGUGAUAGAAGCCUUCCCUCUCUCAGAAGAUGUCACCAACCUGACAGUGGACAUGCUGAUCGAGCCAACAGGCAGGAUAGAAGUAGUGUCCUCUGGAACCCAGCUCCACGCGGACGGGGCCUUGCGCGCCUCCGGCACUGCCAUCCCACAGGGCUCUGUGGAGCCAGCAGCUCUCAACUCCCUCUGCUUAAAAAUUGGAGAAGCCUGUAAAUCUAGAGGAGUGCUUGGUUACUUCUCAAUUGAUUUUGUGACUUUCACCCAUCCCCAGACAAUGGAGCGGCAGGUGUGGGCAACAGACCUUGACCUCUGCUAUAGUGACCAGCUGGCCUUGACUCAGCUCCUGUUGUACAUGACAGAUGGAAACCUGGAUUGUCACUCCAGCCGCUUGGAAGUAUCUCCGGGUUCAAAGCAAAGGCAAAGGCAACCUGUUCAGCAUGGGGAGGCAAAGACUACUUCUCCAACAAGCAGCAGGUGUGCAGUAGCAAGCAGCCAGCUGAGGCACUCCAGCCUUUCAGUCAUCUACUACAAUGUCCUCCUGCAGAGGUGUAAAGCUCGUGGUGUUGGAUUUGACCUCCAGGAAAAACAGGGAACAGUUUUUAUAUUGUAUGAAGAUCAGAAGCGAUACAGAUUGGGAAUGAUAACAAUCGGAGAGGAUCUCCAGGGGGUCCUCAUGACCUUUGCUCGCAAUCUCUUCAUCAUCCAUCAAGAAAUAUCAGCACCUAAUAUGCAAGGCGAGACCAAUUUUAAGAUGGCAAUUCAAGAUAUUGAAGCAAUUCUGGGAAUUACAGCAGAAAACAAACUGAAAUUGGAAGAGGAGCAACCUUCAAAAGCAGAUGCUCGGGAAGAAUAGUUAACAGAAAAUGUUUAAGUGCCUUAUUCUUUAUGCUUCUGUAAGUGCUUUCUCAUCUGUAAGAACAGGUUUGGUUUUCCUUCUGCAUUGGCACAUGAAGUUCCAUUAACUGAGACA